AUGUGUAUCAGUUCGAAAGUCGAAUAUGUCGGAUGCCUGAAUUCGAGCGCAAACAGAGGUCACAUCACUGGGAGGCAUCUCCACAAGGGUGGUGGAGGGGGGGUUGUUCUUGAUAUGGGGGACUUGAAAUGGCUGGUUCAGCAGCAGCCUGUGACUGCAGGAGUUUCGGGGUCGGGCGCAGUGCAGGUCCAGCAGCAGGUUGUUCCAGAAGGGGGGCGUGCUGCCGUGGCGGAGAUGGGGAAACUUCUGGCCAAGUAUGGCGAUGCUGGUUGCGGUGCUCGGCUUUGGUUGAUUGGUACUGCAACUUGUGAGACAUACUUAAGGUGUCAAGUCUAUCAUCCUUCCAUGGAGAAUGAUUGGGACCUGCAGGCUGUGCCCAUUGCUGCCCGAGCGCCUCUUCCCGGUUUGUUUCCAAGGCUUGGUACUACUGGGGUUCUUAAUGGCCCGGUUGAAUCGUUAUCAUCGAUCAAGGGAUUUCCGACUGUUUCCACCAUUCCGAUGCGACAGGUGAUGCCUGAGAACCUGGACUCUGCUCGAAGAUCAACAAGUUGUUGCUCAAAAUGCAUGACGAGUUACGAACGGGAGCUAGAAAAACUUGUAGCCAGUGAGUUCGAGAAGCCAUCUUCUUUAGCUAAACCAGAAGGGGCUAAAGCAUCUGCUCUCCCUCCGUGGCUGCAGAAUGCUAAGGUCCAAGAUGAAGAUUCGAUGAAGAAACAAGAGACGACCGAGAACUUGAAUAAAGAACUCGUUGGAAAGCAGAAGACUCAAGAACUGCAGAAGAAAUGGCAUGAUACGUGCUUGCAGCUGCAUCCUAGUUUCCAUAAUCUAAACAAGUUCGGUUCCGAGAGAACUGUACCGAUGUCUCUCCCUAUAACAGGCUUGUACAGUCCGAACUUGCUCGGGCAUCAUCCUUCUUCCCAACCCAAGUUACAACUAAAAGGAUUGGGCGAAACUCUGCAACUAAAACCAAACCCACUCCUCACCAGCAAACCACCAUCGGAGCAAGUACUUCCGAUGUCGCGAUUGGGCAGCCCUGUUAGAACAGAGUUGGCUCUUGGGCGAAUGAACAGUGAGAUCUUGGCCGAGCAAACACAUAAAGAGCGUGUGAAGGACUUUCUCAGUUGCAUAUCUUCCRAACCCGAGAACAAAAUAUGUGAACUGCGGAGUAGUAAAUUUGUCAAUGCAUCAGAUAUUGACUCGUACAAGAGGCUGUUCAAAGGUAUGUUAGAGAAGGUAUGGUGGCAGCAAGAAGCAGCGUCUGCUUUGGCUACAACUGUGACUCAGUUCAAAUUGGGGAACGGAAAACGACGCGGUACUGUCCCGAAAGGAGACAUGUGGCUCUUGUUCUUGGGUCCCGACCGGGUUGGAAAGAAGAAGAUGGCAACUGCUCUUGCAGAGCUGGUAUCUGGGUCCAGUCCUGUAACCAUUUGUCUUGGCUCAAAACGUAGUGAUGGAGAAUCAGACAGAAGUAUCCGUGGUAGAACCGUGUUGGAUCGAAUAUCAGAGGCCGUUAGAAGGAAUCGAUUUUCAGUCAUUGUGCUCGAUGAUAUUGACGAAUCAGAUCUGCUUGUCCGUGGAAGCAUAAAAAGAGCGAURGAGCGAGGUCGGUUCACCGAUUCUCAUGGCAGGGAAAUCAGUCUUGGUAAUAUCAUCUUCAUCCUUACAGCAAACUGGAUACCAGAUGAUCUGAAACACUUGUCCAAUGGGAACCCGCUCGAGGAAGAGAAGCUUGCUAGUUUAGCAAGAACUACUUGGCAGUUGAAACUAUCCCUCAGCGAGAAGACAGUUAAACGUCAAGCUGAAUGGGUGCACGGUGAAGAGCGGUGUUCGAAGCCCAGAGUGGAGACUACUGGUUCAGCCAUAGCAUUUGAUCUCAAUGAAGCUGCAGAUGCAGAGGACGAGAAGACAGACGGGUCACUGAAUUCAAGUGACGUAACAACCGAUCACGAAACCGAGCACGGCCAUGGCCACAGCCUCAACCCUCGACAGUUAUCGUUCACAACUCCAUCGGCAUCACGAGAGAUGUUCAAUUCAGUCGAUGAUGCAGUCGUCUUCAAACCGGUGGACUUCGCCCCAAUCAAGUAUAACAUCACGAGCUCCAUCAACAAGAAAUUUUCAUCCAUUGUUGGAGAAAAGAUCUCACUUGAACUACAGGAGAAUGCUCUUGAGAAGAUCACAAGCGGGGUAUGGCUCGGGAACACGAAUGUCGAAGAAUGGACCGAUAAAAUUCUCAUACCGAGCUUGAAAGAGCUCAAGGCUUGUCUUCCGAGUGCGGCCACCUUCGAGUCCAUGGCAGUCAGACUCGAGUCCGAUGACGACUCGGGUUGCUGGGGCUCGGAGAAUCAGCUGCCUUGUAGCAUCAAGGUGGUUGUGGGGGAAAAACUGUGAAAUUGCAGAGGGUGAUUGCAGUUGGAAUUUUGUAACUUCGGUUGGAUAGAGAUGUAAAUACGCUUGAAUGGAAGGGUAAAACAGUAAAAAGAGAGAGAAACAUAUUAAAAAAAAAAAAGGUUAAAAGGGAUAUGGGAGGGAGGCUGAGACGGCUCAGGCUAUGUUUACUUUUUUUUUCUCCACUAUUUUUUUUUAAUUAUUUGAUUUCUUUAUGUUUUACCUCUAAAUUUAUAGCAAUGAAGAAUUAUAGAUAUUAUUUUAGUGAAAUUAGGGUGAUGGUUAUUAGUUUUCGAUAUAGCUUAAUUUUUAUUUUUUUGGCUUGGUUACAAAGGAAGGGUAAAGUUGUCAUUUUGCUUCCAAA